GGCAACAAGAUUUUAGGCUAGAUGAGCCGAACGACCUGCCUUCAAUCAAUGGAGAAGUGGGAGGAGGCCCCGCUGCUGGAGCACAGGCAGGCGGAGCAUAAUGCGAGCGGCGACGGAGAGGCCAGGCUGGGGCGCCGGCUGUUGGAGGAGAACCGGAUGCUGUGGGCGGUGGCAGGGCCGGCCAUCUGCACGCGCUUCUCCACCUUCGGGGUCACCGUCAUCAGCCAGGCCUUCAUGGGCCACAUCGGCCCCACCCAGCUUGCCGCCUACGCCCUCGUAUCCACCGUCCUCAUGCGCUUCAGCAACGGCAUACUGCUGGGCAUGGCGAGCGCGCUGGAGACGUUGUGCGGGCAGUCGUACGGGGCGAAGCAGUACCACAUGAUGGGCAUCUCCCUGCAGCGCUCCUGGAUCAUCCUGACCGGCUGCGCCGUGCUCAUGCUCCCCAUCCUCAUCUUCACUGAGCCUCUCCUCGUCUCCAUUGGCCAGGACCCCGUGAUCAGCGCUGUCGCGGGGACCAUAUCGCUCUGGUACAUCCCUGUCAUGUUUGCCAACGUCUUCAGCUUCACGCUCCAGAUGUACCUGCAGGCGCAGAGCAAGAACAUGGUCAUCACCUACCUUGCAUUUGUGACCCUCGGCCUCCAUGUGUUCCUGUCGUGGCUCUUCACCGUCAGGCUGCACCUUGGGCUCUCUGGGGUCAUGACCUCCAUGGUCAUCGCCAUGUGGAUUCCUGUAUUUGGGCAGCUCAUCUUCGUCUUCUUUGGUGGCUGCCCUCUCACAUGGACCGGCUUCUCCUUCACAGCAUUCACCGACCUCGUCCCUAUCCUCAAGUUAUCUCUAUCCUCUGGUGUCAUGCUCUGUUUGGAAUUGUGGUACAGCACCAUAUUGGUGCUCCUUACCGGGUACAUGAAGAAUGCAGAGAUUGCACUUGAUGCUCUUUCAAUAUGCCUUAACAUCAACGGUUGGGAGAUGAUGAUUUCUAUUGGCUUUUUGUCUGCAGCAGGAGUGCGUGUGGCGAAUGAGCUUGGAGCUGGAAGUGCAAGAAGGGCCAAGUUUGCCAUCAUAAAUGUCGUCACCACUUCCUUGUCGAUGGGCCUUGUGUUGUUCGUGUUUUUCCUUUUCUUCCGCGGAAAGCUUUCCUACAUAUUUACUACGAGUGAAGAGGUAGCUGCCACAGUUGCUGACCUGUCGCCUCUUCUAGCCUUCUCCAUCUUGUUGAACAGUGUUCAACCAGUGCUAUCAGGUGUUGCUGUUGGUGCGGGUUGGCAAAGUGUAGUUGCCUAUGUCAACAUCACAGCAUAUUACUUUAUUGGUAUCCCUCUUGGAGCAAUCCUAGGUUAUGUUCUUGGAUAUCAUGUGAUGGGCAUUUGGGUUGGCAUGCUGCUCGGAACACUGGUCCAAACAAUUGUACUUCUGUUCAUAACAAUUAGGACUGACUGGGAUAAACAGGUAGAGGUUACCGAGGAGAGAUUGAAGAGGUGGUACAUGGAUUGGAACAAAGGGAAGCCAGAUUCAAGGGGAAGUCCAUGAGAUUAAAAAUCUGGCACAAGUAAUGAAUCACCAUCAAGGUAGAACUUGUAUGCCCUGGUUGAUUGGAGUUUGUGGCGUUUUAGAGGAUAACUACUCUUCUUUCAAUAUGUCAAGAAUUAAAGGGAUGGAACAUUAGUUGGCAUCGUAGACGUGUCAGAGGUUGUUUCUCAAGAUCGAGCAAACGAUAGCAGUGAUGCGUGCUCCACUUGAGAAGAAAACAAAUAUGUUGCUCAAGGAAAACACUUGAUCUGCCACUGCCUCAGCAUGUAAAAUAUGCCUUGGGUCGCUGUGAGCUGGUGGCACAAGUGUUGUUCUGUAUUGAUGGAUUUUGGUUGUGAUUAGCAAACAUGUUAUUUGUA